AUGAGGUCCAAACUCCUGUACUUAUGCAGUACCCAGUUUCAUGUCGAUAAUCUAUCGAGCGCUCACGUUUACCUGCGCCUUCGCGAUGGUGAAACGUGGGACCAGAUCCCACAACCGCUCCUAGAAGACUGUGCCCAGCUCACCAAAGCCAAUUCCAUUGAAGGAAACAAGAAGGAUAACAUCACAGUGAUUUACACGCCAUGGUCAAAUUUGCUGAAAGACGGGUCAAUGGCGACUGGACAGGUCUCAUUCCACAACCCCAAAAUGGUCCGAAAAGUCUAUGUUCGACAGCGAGAAAAUGCAAUUGUCAAUCGGCUCAACAAGACUCGCGACGAGAGAUUUCCGGAUCUUCGCGCAGAGAAGGAGGAAUUUCUAAAGAAAAAGCAAAAGGAAGAACGAAGAGCAAGAGAUGAGCAACGUGCCAGGGAAAAGCAGGAAAAGAGGGAACGUGAACAGCUUAAAUGGCAGAAAGAGCAUGCGUACGAUGACUUGUUCAGUGAAGACAACAUGCAGGCAAGCAGCAAUCAGGAUCGAGACUCGGACUUCCUGGACGACUUCAUGUGA